UUGUUUCAGUAUCAGCUGUCUAAGACUGUUAUCGGUUUGGUGUUUCUACUGGCCGGCUUAAUUUAUACGUUCACGGCUCCACUCAUUGGCUACCUCGUUGAUCAUAAGAACUGUACAAUCGAAACGAUGAUAGGUGGCAGCUUAUUGGCAAGUGUCGCUUUCACCGUGUUUGGUCCAUCACCUAUUCUGAGGAUUCCGAAGUACACUUUCAUAUUUUACGCACAUUACUUCUGA